AUGGAUCCCGAUUACAAAGCUCGAAAAGAGGCGUUCGUCUCCAACCUUGCAGGGAGCGAUAUUCAAGAUAUCAACUUGGUCACUCUUGUCGCACCGGCCUCGGUAUUUCUCUGGUCCGCUCUCCAAUCGCGCUUAAACUACUUCUCGCCCUACGGUCCAGUCGCAUUGUUGACUGAUUUCAUACUCAAUGUACUGGCAAUUCUGUUCGCCACUACUGCCUACUCAUCCGCACCACUCCUACUUAACAUAUUCCUCAUUACCCCCGCCGUCCUACUAUUCCUUACCCAGCCGCCAGUGCGCGCUCCACAGAAGGCCAAACCACCCCGCAAACAAAAUGACAACAAAGUCCAAGCCCAGGAUGACGCCGAAUCCUUGCCGGUACACCCCUUCUUGACAACAUAUCGAUCCUCCAUGAUGAUCGUGACAUGCAUUGCAAUUCUCGCCGUGGAUUUCCGAGCGUUCCCACGUCGCUUUGCCAAAGUUGAGAACUGGGGUACUUCCCUGAUGGAUCUCGGUGUGGGCUCGUUUGUCUUCUCUGCCGGCGUGGUAUCUGCACGCGCGGUCCUGAAGAGUCGGGCUUCUAAAUCACCCAAGGCUGCUCUACUUGGAAGACUUGCUGGCUCUGUGCGGCACUCAAUUCCCCUGCUGGUCCUAGGUUUGAUCCGACUAUGGAGCGUCAAGGGACUGGAUUAUGCCGAGCACGUUACCGAAUACGGCGUGCAUUGGAACUUUUUCUUCACGCUGGGUCUAUUGCCACCUUUUGUGGAAAUUUUCGAUACCUUGACGGUCUUGAUCCCCUCCUACGAAGCACUCGCUCUUGGUAUCAUGAUUGUGUAUCAAGUAGUUCUGGAGUCAACAGAGCUCAAGAGCUACAUUUUGAUCUCCCCACGCGGGUCUGAUCUGCUCUCCAAGAACCGUGAGGGCAUCUUCUCAUUCCUGGGUUAUCUGGCCAUCUUCCUUGCCGGUCGGGGAGUGGGCACCCGCAUCAUUCCUCGGGGAACCUCUGCAUCCAAGUCUCCUCAGCAAGCGCGAAAGUCUGUCUUGGUCGGCCUUUGUCUGCAGGUCAUGUUCUGGUCAACACUUUUCUUCUUCAACUCCUACUACGCUUUUGGCUAUGGUUCCAACAUCGCUGUAUCGCGUCGUCUCGCCAAUAUGCCAUAUGUGCUGUGGGUUGCAGCUUUCAACUGUGCACAACUUCUCUUGUUCUGCCUCAUUGAAACUAUCUUUUUCCCGACCGUCCAUAGGUCAUCUGGCAAAGCAGAUGAGAAGGAACGAACAUCAUUUGCGACCAGUCAAAUCCUACAUGCGUUCAAUCAUGGGGGUCUAGGGCUUUUCCUGAUUGCCAAUUUGUUGACUGGUGUUGUGAAUCUGAGUAUCCCUACCUUGGAUAUCAACACACCCCAAGCAAUGGGCAUUUUGGUCAUUUACAGUGCAAUUCUGACCGGAGCUGCACUGGGAAUGGACAAGGCCAACAUCAAGUUGCGUCUGUAA